AUGGUUGAGAAAGUCGAUCAAUCGCGCCCGAAGAUUCUAACUCUUUCUUCUCCGGUACAAAAGAGUGUUGAUCAGAGUGAUAUGGAGAUGGUUGGGGGAUUUCUAAAGAAUUGUUACUAUUGCAAGAAGAAGAUUCUUGAAGAUGUUAAAGUUUUCAUGUAUGGGUUAGGAUUUAUGAUUGAUUUUCUCUCCAAGGCAACUCUUGUUGGAUUCAUGGCUGGUGCGGCAAUCAUAGUUUCAUUGCAACAACUGAAAGAAUUGCUUUGGAUAGUGACUCUUCUAGUCCCAGGAAUUUGCAAUACAAGCAUACUGCUUCUCCUCAAAAGAAAACGGCAAUCAAAGGUGGAGUGGAAUCCCACAAUGGCUUUUGCAGUGGGCGUAUGGGCUGGAAUUACUCCUGUAGCGUAUGGUAUUUCUGGGCUGCUCUCAAUUCCUGAACAUAACUUUGAAGCCAAAUUCGAAGACGACUCCGAAUAUUUCCCGGAUGACUUCCAGUAUGAGUAUGAUCCACAUCACCCAUUAUAUGACCCGGAUGACUUCGGAUAUGACUCGGAUGACGAUCCAUAUGACCCGGAUGAUUAUUUCCUCAGCCAUGAAGAUUAG